AACAGCCAAGGACAUUAACAAAGUGGACACUUUGUCAAGAAGUGACUGACGCCGACUUAUGCAGAGCUCUACACUCAUUGAGUGAAUACUGGAAGAAGAAAAAAGACUUUGAAGUGCCUCCAUUCAGAGCUGGACAGACUCUUACUCUCUUUACAGCAGAUAUGAAUCCGUCUCCACAUGUCGAAUUCAGGGCUCAAAGUGCCGUCAUGAUUUCAUUACUUGUUGUGGUGAAUAUCAUUUGGUGGAUGGUUAUGAUUGCAGCCAUUGGUUUGGGGGCAACGCAUCUGAGCCUUUGUCCAGUGCAGCCCAACAUCCCUCUCUACCUGAUAGUGCUUGGAGGGGCAAACAUACUCUCAUUCUCUGUUACCUACACCAAGAGCACCUGGGGGGACGGCAUGGUCGGCAUCCUGUGCUCGACCUGCAUUGCCCUCCUUCACCUCUUCAGUUUCGGCUGGUUCAUUGCAGGCACUAUCUGGGUUUAUCCUGUAUAUCCUCCCGACUACACGCCCAGAGCAACUCGAUACUGCCACAGGAUAACCUACCAGUUUGCCUUCGUUGUCACCACUCUGGUGUGGGUUGCUGCGAGUCUCGUGUUCAUCUGCGGAUGUUGCUUCGCUCUUCUGACCUGUUGUGCGACUGUAAUUGCGGGACGCAGAUUGAUACCCGGCCGCUAUUCUUUCUAUGGUGCGACAAGUGAUACACAAGAAUCCACUGCUGGUGAUGUGUGAUAUUCAUUUUUGUUUGUGUCCUGAAAUUCACAACGGGGUUAACAGGAAAAUUAUUUUUUGUGGUAGUUUUUCAGUUGUAUAGUUUUAAAGUUGUGGGCAGCUACAAGUAAAAUGAUUAAAACAGCAGAUCUCAGAACAGUUUUUGCAAUUUUCCUGUAAAUGCUUGAAGACAGAUUCCUUACUUCACUUGAGACUUGAGCUGAGUGUUUUUGCUGCAUUUAAUAUGUUGGUGUUUUGUUACAGCAGACAAAGUGCAGAGCUGAAGCAGCUCUGUCCAGCUUAAUUCAACAGUAGUCACUCUCCACUGGGGGUGUAGUCAAAUGUAGGAACAGCACCAUCACAUCAUGUGCUUCCUGUUGAAGCCAACAGUCAACAUUUUAGCUGACAGAAGAGAAGUUGUGAGAUAAUCUUGUGGCAGCUAAUACUGAUUCAGCAUUAAGAUAGAGUUACUGGUGGUGUGUUUUUGUAUUCUACUGUGCUAUGUGCAUGACAGAUGUGUUUGCAGUGCAAUAACUUUUCUUGACUUUUAAAUAUGGUAUUGUAACAGUUAAUUGUGCAGUAUUUCUUGAAAAUAAAAGCUUG